AUGGUACUAGACCCUCGCAUCAAGACACACCUUUUAGAGGCUUACUUUGAUGACGUAAGCCAUGUCGCUUCUCUAGUAGAGGGAAUCACGAAGAAACUUGAGAUCAUGUGCCCAUGUCUUCCUGAUACUCAGAAUUCAACUUUUCAAGAAGGUUAUCUUCAACAGAAUGGAAAGCGUCGCUAUCAACUUGAAGAUGAUGAUUUCCUCAAACUUGGGAGGAAGCGGCAGCGAGUAUCAACUUCUGAGAUUACAAGGUGGUUUAAGACAGAACCAAUUGAUGGUCCUGAGCCCUUAGAGCUAGGUUAUGAGGAUUGGCUUCUCAAUUGGUGGCGAGAACAUGCAGAUGAGUACCCCCGAUUAGCUAUUGCGGCUCAGGCUUUUCUUGGUAUCCCUUUUUCUGAAGUUGCAGUUGAAAGGCUAUUUAGUAAAGGGAGGGAUAUGAUUGGAAUCCGACGGUACCAGCUGAAUGGUCAGUCUCUUCGAGUACUCAUGAGUCUAAAAGAUACCUUUACCAAAGAAAGAAACAGCGAGGGGGAGAUGGAAGAAAUGGGAAAAGAGGAGAUAGAGCCAGAGGAGGGGGAAUUAUAG